AUGGUGAUGCUGCAGUUGCUGCCCGAUGCACUGGCGCUGCCCAUCUUGAGCUGGCACCAUCGCUUCGUGUAUGACCCGUUGAACCGGCUCAUGUCGAGCCUGGCCAACUCGCGCUUCUUUCCGCGCUGCCUCAGUCCCAACGCCAUUACCUUUGCCGCGGGCGCGUGCCUCAUCCCCUGCAUCCACCUCCUGCAGUCCCCCGCGCCCACCUACCUGGCCGCAGCCGGUGGCUUGGCCUUGCUGCAUGACAUGCUGGAUCGUCUGGAUGGAGCCGUAGCCCGCGCCGACCACAACAAGGGCCGUGCCGGAGGCGACGACGGCAAGUUUGGGGCUUUUCUCGAUGCCCAAGUGGACAAGCUCUUCCACAUUGGCAUGUUGACAGCGUUGCUGAUGAGCCCGCUGAGCUCGGCGCUCGGCACCUUCUGGCGACGUGCCGCCUACAUCAAGAUUGCCGUGCAGGCAACCCUGGCGAUUGUUCGUUUCCAAGACUACUUUUCAACGGCGCCCAAGCGCGCCAUCCAGGCACGCGGUGAAGGCAAGCUGGCCACGUGUGCGGCCAACAUGGCUGCCGUCUUAUCGCUGUGGACCUUUGCUCUUCACGGUGUGGGCUAUCCGCAAGCCGCACAAGCCGGCAUGGUGGUGACCAGCGUUCUCAUUACCAUUGCUGUCGACAUGGCCCUCCGCUCCCUCAGCAACAAGCUGAACGCUCGAGCCGAGGCGUGA